UCUCCGGUGCUGGGGUGGUUGCCGGCCGUUGGAUCGCCUAUAUUUGAUGUUUAUGCAGGAUCCGAAGAAUUUCACCCAUCGAUUUGCCUUAGAAUAACCGAAAAUCGUCAUUUGGUGUGUUAGCAAGAUUUCAAACCAGCUGCCGAGAUGGACAUCGUCGAAAGAUUGUACAAAAACUUUGAAAUUCUGAGCAGCGCCAAAGACCAGGCAAAAAAUCAUGAAAAGGAGUACCUGGAGAUCCUGGAAGCAGUCAAAGGGAACGCCAACGAGAAGCGGCUAGCAUCGCAGUUCAUCGCGCGCUUUUUCAAGCAUUUCCCCAGCCUGGCAGAUCAGACCAUUGACUCCAUUCUAGAUCUCUGCGAAGAUGAAGAUACAUCGAUCCGGAAGCAGGCGAUCAAGGACCUGCCGCAGCUGUGCCGCGAGAGCCGCACCUUCCUGCCCAAGAUCGCCGACGUGCUGGCGCAGCUGCUGCAGUCGGACGACACCUCCGAGAUCAAGGAGGUGCACAGCUCGCUCACCGUCCUCUUCAAGAUCGACGCCAAGGGGACGCUGUACGGCCUGUUCUCUCAGAUCCAGUCCGAGGAAAUGGAGGACAGCCUAAUUCGAGAGCGGGCCAUCAAGUACCUGGCUGCGAAGGUCAAAACAUUCGACUCCGACGUCAUGACCAAAGAGGCGCAGGAAAUACUCUGGAAUGAAACCAAAAAGUCACUCAAGGACGUGACUGGCGAAGAGUUCGUCCAGUUCGUGGACAUCCUGUCGGGCACGCAGACGGGCCGCACGGUCAGCGGACACCAGCAGCUGCUGCAGCUCAUCUGCGACCAGCUGGACGCCGCUACCAAGGUGGAGCUCGCCGACCCGGAGGCGCGCGACAAGCUGCUGCUCUGCGUGCGCCAGGCCGUGCGCUUCGUGUCGCGCCAGACGCGGGCCACGCAGCUUGUGGCUUACCUGAUCGACGCGGUGGUGCCGCGGCUGGGCCAGCUGCCGGCCGACGCCCAGCUGGAGCUGCUCAAGCCUCUGGCCGAGAUGGCCCAGUACACAGGCGAGCUGGAGGGCGUGGAGGCGCGCCUGGAGCGGCUCCAUGCUGCGCUUGUGGAGCGCAUGCCGCUGCCGCCGCCGCCGACCGAGGAGAACGGCGCCGUGGCCGAGCCGCCCAGUCUCGAGUUCUCGCACAUCGAGUGUCUCAUGUUCACGCUGCACCAGCUGGCGCGCCGCGCGCCCGCCUGGUUCACCGACGACGCCGACCGGCUCAAGGACUUCCGACUCAGGCUACAGUACCUGGCGCGCGGCACGCAGGGCUACAUCAAGUCGCUGAGGGAGGCGCUGAAGGACGCCGACCUCAAGUCUGAGGAGAACAAGAUUCGCGCCGUGGCGCUCAAGACCACCUCCAACAUCAACACCAUGAUCAAGGACCUCUUCCACACGCCGCCCAGCUACAAGAGCACCAUCAGUCUCUCCUGGAAGCCGAUGACGGGCACCGCUGCAGGGCAGAAGGCGACAGAGCCGGCGGCGGCCCCGGCCCCGGCGCGCUCCGGCGAGAAGCGCCGCGUGCCCAUCACGUUCGGCGGCGCCGACUCGGCCAACAAGAGCAAGGACGGCCGGCGCAUGUACCAGCCGCCCAGCGGCAAGUACAGCGAUCGGGCCGGCGGCUACCGCGAGCAGACGUCGCCGCGUGGCGCGCGCGGCGGUCGCGGCCGCCACCGGGGCGGGCGCUACUGAGCCGGCCGCCCAGCGCCGGGAGGCCGCCGCAGGAGGACCGGACAGUGUGCCAGCGGCGGACGGUGCCGGUGUCUGGCAGCUGGCACCGGGGCGCGCGCUACUGAGCCGGCCGCCCAGCGCCGGGAGGCCGCCGCAGGAGGACCGGACAGUGUGCCAGCGGCGGACGGUGCCGGUGUCUGGCAGCUGGUCGCUAUACAAAGGCGACUGAUGGGUGCUGAACGGGGAGGAGAGAGAGAUCACGUGCGCCUGCCCUGCGCUGCUGCUGGCCGGCUGGUGUGGUAUUGGUGGCGUGGGACAGGCAGAAAGUGGUGCGGUUUGAGCCGUCUCGACCAGGCGGCGUCACACACGCGGCCCAUUAUGACAGGUGUGUCUCCUUUUUGCUGCAUUAGUGCAAAGUGGUAUUGCGUGUGUGUAGUCAUCGCGACUUUAUUCAUUUCAUGUUCCACUGGGCGGGCGUCUCAGCGGCUCGCGUGCCUCUAGUGCUGUCUGCGCGGCGUGGCUGGAUGGAGUUGUGGGCGAAUCGGGGGAGAUCAGGGACGGGCGGUUGGCCGCGCGUUUCGAGUCGAACCAUGUAAGUUCGCUGGAGCAAGUGGAUCGAGACCGUGGACUGAAGCACGCCUGCGUGCGAAGGACUGCGAGCAAAUAAGUUCUUCCGCUGCGAGACAAUGAGUCAUAAGUGAUGAGUAAACCAAGCAUGCCCGCUGCUGCCAGAGGCACAAGGCGUGGGAACGACUUCAUCGACUUCAACGUCACGGAAGUAGGUGAUCGGAGCCCACACCGAUCGAAACAGAUUGAGCCCGAUACAAGCAGACUUAGCAUCGGCUAUCAGAAAUAAUGGCGUGCAUUGCGUGCGGAAGGAUUCAAAACAAGCCCAAUAGUUACCGAAAACCAUCGACUUCGUCAACGCUUAACAUCAUCGAUCAGGAGGAAAUGCUAGUUAAAUCUGACUGAUACACGGGAAGAAGCAGAAGCUGUCUGACAUGGGGAGCAGAGUUGUCUGUCUAGACAUUCGACUUACUGCAAGAUUGCUCACGUGAUUGGUCAUCGUGAAUGUGUGGAAUCCUAAAGCAAUAGGAACCGAAUCCACUCCGAGAGGAAAUGUGAGGUAACGCACUAUGAAGAAGAUAGUCCACUGCAAGCCAGAUCGUACCCCGCAAGCCGGAUGCGCUGCUGAAAACCGCAGACUUCGUCACCUUGAGUAUAUCCGGCCUGGAGGGAAUGCAGACCAAUUCUCACUGAAGACGGUAGAAAGCAUACAAUUUGUCGUGCAAGAAGUGAGGUCAUGCGUGCAAGCAAGAUUGCGUACGGUAAAAACAGUAACGCAGCAGUUCAUCACGUGGAAGAUUUAUAUGUCUCGAACAGUACAUAGCGAACUUCUACAAUAUGGUGAAUCAAAGAUGCACAAGACCACAGAGGCUGAAGAACGAAUGCAGGGUUGUUCGAUAGUUGUCUGCAAGUAAACAAUGAACAAUUUUCAAGAGACGUUGACCAUACCAUGCAGAAUGCUGGAAGAAUCAGGAGCAGGCAGGACGGUUGUGUUCAACUUACAGAAUGCUCUGCACCAGCUUCCAACAAUACUGAGUCACGAUGCUGAAGACGAACACAGCCGAAGCCAGACAGCUUCUCGUGAUUAGUACGGAGCGCGCUGCUUCGAAAGCGCCUGACUCAAACUAAAACUUGGGAUAACUAACAUCAAGACAGAAUGGCCGGCCCACGCCCUCGCCGCGCUCUCGCAAGCGGCGGGUCCGGCUGGACUGAAGCCUCGUCAGAGGCGAGGUCGGCGGAGCGGUCCAAGGCAGCGGCCGACGGCGGGCGCGUCGGACUGCAGCGGAGUGCCGCCCGCUCGCAGCCGGGAACUGCUGUCGCGACGCCCGGGCUCUUCGGACCACCUGCGCCCGGCCGGGCCCGUUCUGUGGCUCCCACGCGACACCGGGCGGCCGGCUGUCGGUGCCCCGAACGUCCGGCCUCUGUCCACAGGUGGUGAGACUCGGUGUUCUUUUCAGCAGCAGUUCCGCAGGUGGAGGAGCGGUGCGCCACCGGUCGGAGGUGGACAAGAGCGGCGGUAAUUGGACUGACGCUUCGUGUACUGCGAUCGGUUUCAGAACUGGCGGCUUCUACUGUUCGCGGUCUGCCGUCGUUCGUCAGUUCGCCAUGGAAGCCAGUGGCCAGCUCCGGGCGGUCCUCACGGCCAGUACUGGUUCACAGGUCUCUGCCGCCCCUGGCGCGGGGCGCCGGCCGGCGCCUGAGCAGUCGCAGCGUGUUCUCCGUCUCAGCGGGUGGCGGGCGGGUUAACUCUGCCGUGUUUCAGGUCUGGAGUCACGCUCAGGUGAGUUGGGAGCCACAGACCCGGGCCGUGUCGCGCCAUCCAGCCUCCGUUCGGCGUUGUCGUUUUAAUACACUCUCCACAGCC